UAAUAAGAAAUAUUUCCGUCGCACUCGCAAGGUCCGGGUAGCAGAGUCCGCAAACAAUAGGCGAGUGAGAGAUCUCGUUCCCUUCUCCCUGCAUCUUAAUUGCGCAACUUUUCACCGAUUCGAUCUCUCUUCUCUUCUCACCUUCCUUAAACAAGGAAGAUUCGUUAAUGGAAGAUGGAGUACAUCAACAAUCUACCGUCAAUGGAUUUGAUGCGCUCAGAAAAAAUGGCGUUUGUUCAGUUGAUUAUUCCUGUGGAAUCAGCUCAUCGUGCCAUUUCUUACCUCGGUGAACUCGGCCUCCUUCAAUUUCGUGAGUUAAAUGUUGAUAAGAGCCCUUUCCAAAGAACAUUUGUAAACCAGGUGAAACGGUGUGCAGAGAUGUCAAGAAAAUUGCGGUUUUUCAAAGAUCAAAUCAGUAAAGCUGGAUUGGCAAUUUCUGGUCAUUUUGGGAUGCAACCUGAUCUUGAGUUGGAGGAUUUAGAGGCACGCCUAGUUGAGCAUGAACACGAGCUGAUCGAAAUGAAUCUGAAUAGUGAGAAGUUACAUCAGACAUAUAAUGAGCUUCUAGAAUUUAAGAUGGUCUUGCAGAAGGCAGGAGCCUUCCUUGUACCAGGAAAGAGUUCUGCAGUCGCAGAAGAAACUGAACUAGAGAAUAUUCAUUCAAGUGAUGAUUAUGCUGAUACAUCAUCUUUACUGGAACAGGAGUUGCGUGGAACUCCAGUACAAUCUGGUGUCCGAUGUAUUUGUGGAAUCAUAUGUAAAUCCAAACUUCUUAAAUUUGAGAGAAUGUUGUUUCGUGCCACAAGAGGCAACUUGCUUUUCAAUCAGACACCAGCCGAUGUGCAUAUUACAGAUCCUACAUCAGCUGAAGUGGUUGAGAAGACAAUUUUUGUUGUAUUCUUUUCUGGAGAGCAGGCAAGAAUGAAAAUCCUAAAAAUUUGUGAAGCAUUUGGUGCUAAUUGCUAUCCUGUUCCUGAAGAAAUAAGCAAGCAAAGGCAAAUCAAUAAGGAAGUUUCUUCACGGUUGGCUGAUUUGGAAGCCACUCUGGAUGCUGGGAUCCGUCAUCGCAACAAAGCUCUUUCUGAUAUCAGCUUCCACCUAUCAAGAUGGAUGAAUUUGGUAAGAAGGGAAAAAGCUGUAUAUGAUACCAUGAACAUGCUGAAUUUUGAUGUGACAAAAAAAUGCCUAGUUGGGGAAGGCUGGUGCCCAUUAUCUGCUAAAAGUCAGAUUCAAGAGGCUCUUCAGCGUGCAACUUUUCAUAGUAAUUCACAAGUAGGUAUAAUAUUUCAUGCGAUGGAUAUUACGGAAUCUCCUCCAACCUACUUCAAAACGAACCAGUACACAAAUGCAUUUCAAGAAAUCGUUGAUGCAUACGGUGUUGCAAGAUAUCAAGAGGCCAACCCUGCAGUUUAUACUGUAGUCACUUUUCCAUUCUUGUUUGCGGUUAUGUUUGGGGAUUGGGGUCAUGGAAUAUGCCUGCUGCUGUUAGCGUUAUUCCUCAUAGCUAGAGAAAGCAAGCUUAGUUCACAGAGACUUGGCAGCUUUAUGGAAAUGCUAUUUGGUGGGCGAUAUGUGAUCCUUCUUAUGUCUCUUUUUUCAAUUUACUGUGGCUUGAUCUACAAUGAGUUCUUCUCUGUCCCGUUCCAUAUAUUUGGCCAAUCUGCUUACAAAUGCAGAGACACAACAUGCAGUGAUUCUCAUACGGUUGGUCUAGUCAAAUUUCGGGACCCGUACCCAUUUGGUGUAGAUCCCAGUUGGCGUGGAAGUCGUUCAGAGCUACCAUUUCUCAACUCGCUGAAGAUGAAAAUGUCUAUAUUGUUGGGUGUGGCGCAAAUGAACUUGGGAAUCAUAUUAAGUUACUUUAAUGCAUGGUUCUUUAACAACUCAUUGGAUAUAAGGUAUCAGUUUGUGCCUCAAAUAAUAUUCCUCAACAGCCUUUUUGGGUAUCUGUCUCUUCUAAUUAUCAUCAAGUGGUGCACUGGAUCUAAAGCAGACCUCUACCAUGUUAUGAUCUAUAUGUUUCUGAGUCCUUUUGAUGACCUUGGAGAAAACGAGUUAUUUUGGGGGCAGAGACCACUUCAGGCAAUUUUCCUCAUUCAUUUGUUAUUACUUCUUAAUAUGUAUAUCUUUUGUCAUAUUGAUGCUUGUCAUCUGCAGAUAUUACUUUUGCUCUUAGCUGUGAUUGCAGUUCCUUGGAUGCUCUUCCCAAAGCCAUUUAUUUUGAAGAAACUUCAGACUGAGAGAUUCCAAGGGCGUACAUACGGGAUACUUCACUCAUCUGAAAUGGAGCCUGAGGGGGAGCCUGACUCUGCACGACAACAUCAUCAUGAGGAUUUUAAUUUUAGUGAGAUUUUUGUGCAUCAAUUAAUACACUCUAUAGAAUUUGUCUUGGGUGCAGUUUCAAAUACAGCUUCCUAUCUACGUCUUUGGGCUUUGAGUUUGGCUCACUCGGAACUAUCCACUGUGUUCUAUGAGAAGGUCCUGCUUCUUGCUUGGGGAUAUGACAAUCUUAUUAUCCGGUUUAUCGGUCUUGCGGUGUUCACCUUUGCAACUGCUUUCAUAUUACUUAUGAUGGAGACUCUUAGUGCCUUCUUGCACGCUUUGAGGCUUCACUGGGUGGAAUUCCAGAACAAGUUUUACCAUGGUGAUGGCUACAAAUUUAAACCUUUUUCCUUCGCCAUUCUAACAGAUGAUGAUUAGACUGCUUUUUUGUAAAUUUUGAUUCUUUUGGAGAUUAGUAUAGUGAGAAAAAAGCAGUAGCUAAUCCAACAGAAGCGGGAGCGUUACGAUAUAACUUUUUGCCUGGCCAAGGUUCAUGUGCGUCAAUACAUUUUGUCGCAUUGUUCGCUCAAAAAGGGAAAACUUUGCUUACAUUCUUCAAUGUGUUGGUAAUGAAGUUUUGUUUUAAACAGUCGUACCAUAGCUGGAGAAAACAACCUUUUUAUCGAUACUCUUACCCGAAGUGAAGAAAAAACAAGGUAUAAGCUUAUAGGGAUUUUUGUAAAGAUAGUUAUUAUACAAUCAUGUAGCAUGUUAGAUCAACGUGUUCACAUAUACACCAUUUUACUGAAACUGUAAACUUUGGGAGCUGUUUGGGGUAAACCAAAUACUUCUAUUUGUAUAAACGUCUCAAUUUAUUUUUGAGUUGUGUUAAUGUUGUCUUUGUAGUUUGUA